AUGAAACUAUUUCACCUCGAUCCGGAAAUCAUCAACGACCUUGGUGACAUGAACAAUGAAGAGCUCCUCCUCCUCUCCAUGAUGCACGAAGAUACGGUAAUAGAUAACCAAGUAGAAUUAUAUAUCUAUACCUCUCUCCUUCUCUUUACGCGGAACCAGUCAUUCGAAUGUCUCCGCCGAGCUAUGCAAUUGACGAAGCAAUGGAUUACGGCACUGGGCCUUUUUGACCACGAUCGCGAACGGAGAUUCGGCAUCCUCAAUUUUCUAUCACUGCGAGCCAACAGGCUUAGCUGCACGGGAGAUUACGUUAAACAUUCGUAUACCCAAGAUGUAUCAGAUCUAUCAAUACUUGACGAUCUAGAUGGUAUGAUCUAUCAGGCCGUCGGGGUCUUCAGCAGGUAUCAGCAAACCGGCAUUCUGCAUUACUUAAACGAGGCCAUUCGCAUGCUGGAGCAAGCGAUAACUGUAGCACCAAGGAGCACGGCGCUAAGUAACCUAGCUGGUAUGCUCUGGGAUCGAUUUAGACGGCUCGAAUCAACCAACGAUAUCAAUCGUGCUAUCGACGUCUUGAAUAUGAUGGUAGAUACUACACCUCAGGAUGAUCCCACCCUAGCAUGUCGGUUAGGAAACUUAAGCAUGAUGCUCGGCCGCCGGUUCGACCAAACAGACUCAAUGGACGACUUGAGGCAUUCCAUUAACGCCUUGAAUAUGCAACUAGAGUCUACUACACCGCUAGACCAUCCUCAUCGAAUCGAUUGUCUAGUUAGACUAGCGGCGCGGCUUAACCAACUUUAUGAGAAAACUGAUCUAAUCGAGGAUUUAAAUCGUGCCAUUGAAGUUUCGGAAAUGACAGUCGAUAUCAUGUCGGAAAACCAUCCCGAUAGACGCCCCCCAUUAAGAUGCCUUGGAAUCCAGCUCGGUAUUCGAUUCGAGCAAACUGGUUCGAUGGACGAUUUAAAUCGUUCCAUCGAUCUUUUGAACGAGGCUUUAAACACCAUAACUUCAGACAAUCCAAAACUGCAUGAUCGCUUUCGUUGGACCGAUUCGAUGAAAGAUUUAAAUUGUGCAAUCGAUAUCUUGGAAGGGGCUUUGAACAGCAUAACUUCAGAUCAUCCCGCUUACGCACCCGCUUUGAACUGUCUUGGGUGCUGUUUUAGUGAAAGGUCUCGGCGGACCCAUUCGGAAGAUGACAUGAAUCGUUGUAUCGACAUGUCUAGUAUGGCAGUGGAUGCCACACACGAAGAUAGUCUUGCCGACCUGGCUAAUCGAAUGAGUAACCUUGGGGCCGCUUUGAUAAACCGAUAUAGCUGGACAUGUUCGAUGAGCGACCUUAACAGCGCCCUCGACAAGCUAGAUAUGGCAACAAACCUCGUGCCUGUUGGUCAUCGUGCAUAUAUAGAUAUAGGAAAUAAUUUUGCGGAUUGCCUUGGAAAUCUUGACCGUGCCGUUAGUAUUCUGACAGGAAUUUUAUACGCCCUUGCCUUACGGCUUAACGAUCUGAACCACGCCAUCGAUAUCACCACAGCGGUGGUGGAUGCUACACCUCAUAAUCACCCUCACCAAGCCAAACGGCUAGCACUUUUCGGAGAAGUCCUUACCUCGCGAUAUCAGCAGACUGGUUCGAUAACUGAUCUGAGCCGCUCAAUCCCCGAGGAUCAUCCUGCUCGACCCCAGCUCCUGGAUUCCCUUGCAGCUGGACUUGUCUUCCGGUUCGUACAGACUGGUUCGAUGGAUGAUUUGAACCGUUCUAUUGAGCUUUCAAACAUAGCCAUGAACAUUCCCAUCCAUGAUCAACUUGGCCGCGCCGUUCUAUUAAUGAAUUUUGCAUCCCGACUAGGCCGUCGAUUUGAGCGAGACGGCUCGAUAUAUGAUUUGAACCAUGCCACGCCCCUAGAUCACCGCGAUCGAGCUUCUCGGUUAGGGACCCUCGCAAUUUGGCUAAGUUACCGGUAUGAUCGGACUGGUUCGAUGAAUGACUUGGAUCGUGCUAUUGAGGUCUCAAAAAUGUCAAUAAGAUUAACUACCCUUGGGAAUAGCCUAGGCUAUCGAUUUUUUAAAACUAGCAAUUUAGAAUAUCUCAACGGCGCCAUUGACAUGGCGAGUAAGGCACUGGAUGUGACACCCCAAGGCCACUCAAGUAGAACGAAUAUGGCAUACAACCUUGGAAAUUGGCUCGAGCAUAGGUAUGACGUGACCGAGUCGGCAGAUGAUUUGGACUGGAGGCUUCGCUCGUAUAAAGAGGGUUGGGACUGUCACGCCGCAGGCGCACGCGAUCGGGUUCGUGCGGCUUAUGCAGCUGCCCAAGUCUUGACAGUACAAUGCAAGUGGGAAGAAUCCAGCCAACUUCUAGAGGAAGCCAUCCACCUUUUCCCAGCCAUAAGCCCGCGGUCUUUGAAGCAUACUGAUAAGCAGCAUAUGCUUGGUAAGGACUUGGCUGGCUUAGCUUCUUUGGCGGCGGCGGUUUCUCUAAAUGCGGGAAAGGGGGUCGACAAUGCGCUGAGGCUUCUUGAACUUGGCCGCGGUAUCAUUGCUGGCCUAUUGAUAGAUAUGCGCACGGAUAUUUCAGAUCUCCAGCAGAAAUACCCGGAUUUGGCAGACAAGUUUUCAUUUUUACGAGACGAGCUGAACUCGCCAGCGGUCUUACCUAGCGAUGAUCCAUCCACCUGGGAAUCGAAAGCUAAACAACGUCGUGAGGCGGAUGAAAGGUUCAACGAACUCAUCACGAAAAUUCGUGCUAAUCCUGAGUUCCACAACUUCCUGUUGCCUCCGGACCGAGCUGAGUUGAUAUCUGCAGCAGACCCUGAUCCCAUUGUCAUUGUUAAUCUGAGCCCAUGUCGAUGCGAUGCGUUCCUUAUUGAGAGAACGCAGAUCAGGGUGUUAAACUUGCCUGACUUAAAUAUGCUCGAUGCCAAAAGAUGGGUUCAUUACCUUCAGUCGCCUCGAAAAACUGAUUCCUCUACAGCCAAAAUGUUAGAGUGGCUGUGGAAAGUUGUUUGCCGCCCAUGUCUAGACGAACUAGGUUAUAAAACCCCUAACUCUGGCAACCUUCCCCACGUAUGGUGGAUUCCUACAGGACUCCUAAGUCGGUUACCACUCCAUGCGGCUGGAAGACAGGUAUCUGGGUCUAACGAGACCACACUGGACAGAGUCAUGUCAUCGUAUGCCUCGUCAAUCAAAGCCUUGGUUCACGGCCGCCGACGUCGCCCGCACGAUCCCGCAAAACUUUUAUCUAACCAUGCUCUUCUAGUAGCCAUGAAGCAAACGCCGGGGCUAACUACAAACGGAUUUCUCCCUUUUGCCGCGAGGGAAACCGAUAUGUUAAGCAGUCUCUGUCCCUCGCUCCAGUUGACGCCAGUUAUGCCCGUGCCACGCAAAAGCGAUGUCAUGGAGCACCUAACCAAAUGCCAGAUAUUCCAUUUUGCAGGCCAUGGAAAAUCUGAUCCCUCAGAGCCUUCGCAAAGCUGUUUGCUUCUCCAAGACUGGGAAACCGAUCCACUUACCGUGGAAGAUCUGCGUGAUCGGGAGCUUCAGAAGAGACCGCCCUUUCUAAGUUAUCUAUCGGCUUGUUCGACUGGAUCAAACGAGGCAGAGGAUCUAGCUGACGAGGGUAUCCAUCUCGUGAGCGCCUUUCAACUGGCGGGUUUUCGACACGUUGUAGGCACUCUCUGGCAGGUAUCAGAUAGUCACUGCGUUGAUGUAGCGAGGGUUCUAUACGAGACGCUGCGAAAUGAGGGGAUGACGGAUGUCGCGGUCUGUCGGGGACUACAUCGAGCCGUGAAACAGUUGCGCGAUGAUGAAAUCAAAAUGUACGAGAAGAGGAUGAGAGAUGCCACGGUGGAGUCGGAGAGUGACGAAGAGGCAUCGGGAUGCUUUAACUGGGUUCCCUACAUUCAUUUUGGUGUCUAGAUGGUUUUAUUAUGGGCUUUGCAUAAGUGUGUUGUGGUUGUCGCUGGACGGAAAAUUGAAAUAGGACGGUGGUAGGGUAAGAUUGAUAGCAUAGGCGGAAUCCCCUUUCUAAGUCCUCGGACCUUGGGGC